CUACACUUUUAGUAAAACCAAUUUAUUUUUUCAAGUAUGCAAUCACUUCAAAUACACGAUGCAGGAACAGUUAAUAGGGAGAGAUUUGUUAUGUCUCCAGGAUUGGCCAAUCAGAGUAGAGUAAAUGGUUCAAAUCAGACAACAGAUCCUAUAUUCAUAGAGAAAGAAAUAGAAAAUAUAAUAUGGGACUUUGUUCCACCAUUUAUAAUAUCAAUUGGAACUUUGGGAAAUGUGCUCUCGCUGAUUGUGCUCCUUGGAAAGAAGCUACGAAAAACCACCUGGAGUUUGUACUUGAUUGUGCUAGCUGUAUGCGACACAAUUGUGUUAUUCACGGGGUUGUUCCGGCAGUGGUUCUGGCGAAUCACACCAUCUUCAAUUGAUGUAAGAGCAUUAUCAAACACUGGUUGUAAGAUCCACACAUUUCUAACAUACACAUGUACCCAGUAUAGUUCAUGGAUUCUUGUGGCAUUAACAUUUGAAAGAUUUGUCACAGUAUAUUUUCCACUCCGAUCAAAGACUCUCUGUACGAGGAAAACAUCAAUCAGUAGUUUAGCAGUAUUCCUAGGAUUGAUAAUAUCUUUAAAUCUUCAUUUCUACUGGACUGUUAACAUUGGAAAAUAUGGAUGUGACGUGUAUGAUCAUAGCUUGUUUAGAUUUAUGGGACUUAUAUGGCCUUGGAUUGACUUGUGUGUCACAUCUUUUCUUCCGUUCAUCAUCAUGCUCGUAUGUAACACAACAAUAAUCAUAUGCCUCGUUAAGGAAAGAAACAAGAGACUCCACCUGACAAAACUAUCAGAACAAACUACAAACAACUUGAGGAAAACAACGGGUGCAACAAUAAUGUUCAUCACAGUCACUUUCACAUUUUUAGUCCUAACAUGCCCGCUCGCCAUCUAUUUAACUUUCUGGAAAUAUUGGUCGAAAGGUGCAACACCACACACUAAAGCUGUACUGGAUUUGGCAUGGGCAAUUAUAAAUAUGUUACAAUACACAAACAAUGGGAUCAACUUCUAUCUGUAUUGUUUAAGUGGACCAAGGUUUAGAGGCGAGUUGAAACAAUUAUGUUUUGCUAGGAAAAGAAAUCUACAUGACGGGAGGAAAGUAGACAAUUCAAAAUCAACUCGGUCAGGAAAUAGGAGCCCAACAAGUGUAACAAGGACAACCGUUAUACGCAGUACCUGAAUACAGGCUACUGGGAACCAACAAUUUAUAUAUAAGAUACAUCUAAGUUCAUGUAAAGACCGGGUCACAAGUGAGAACAUAUACAGUUUAUAAAUACUGAUUUUCAGCAUAUUUUUAUUAAUAAGGAUGAUGUGCUUAGAGUUAAGCGAUAUAAAAAGCUUAUAUACAAAGUUUUCUGUUCCACAUACAUGUAUUAUACAUUUAUUGGCUGCUAUUACUGUACAUUUCAAGCAAAUAGAUCAAUUGACCUUUCAUAAAAUAAUUAUUUAUCUCAUAUUAA